AUUUAUCAAACUUCACACCAUCGUACCAGCCGUUUCAGGGGCGUCUCAAGCCGACCACGGCCUCUGUACCACGGCAACUGAAUCUAUCAUCUGCUGUUCUGCAUUCAAGAGGUGUCUGAUCAAGACCCCUGGAAGCCAUCCACAUCAGGCUUUACCCCAUCUGCAGUAAACGCCGAUACCAAGAUACGCACAGUGUACACAGAAGGGUAACAUUGGCAUUAUUUCCUCGCUGCGACAACCAUUUUGGCUUGCAACACGCAUAUCUUAUAGCCCACAUCUUCUCGUUCUUGUAACUCACGCUUCUUUUGGACAUCGACUUCUCACAACAUGACGACAAGUAACGAUGGACUGUCUAAUGACCUCAAGCACAGCACGUCAAAGGAUGCUGAAGCCAACAUCGAUUCGAAACAUAUUAUCGCCAAUUCUCAGGACUUAAUUAACGCUUCCGGACAUGUUCAGGAACUUCAACGAAACUUCAGUCUCUGGUCGCUUGCCGGCAUUGGACUGACUGUUGGCAAUGUUUGGCCUGCAGUAGGCGGAAGCAUCCUGGUCGCACUCUACAAUGGCGGCCCUCCAGGAGUGCUAUUCGAGUUUAUCGUGGUUUCCGUCUUCUACUGGAACGUUGCGCUUUCUAUUGCAGAGCUAGCAAGUGCUAUUCCCUCGUCGGCAGGCGUAUAUCACUGGGCUACGAUAACGGGAGGAAAAUAUGGUCGACCAAUUGGCUUUUUCGCAGGAUGGUGGAACUAUUUUGCUUGGGUUUUUGGCGCUGCCUCGAUGUCUUCAAUCCUGGCCAGCACCAUCGUCCAGAUGUAUGCACUGAAUCACCCGGACCUUGUCGUACAGAAUUGGCACGUCUUCAUUGUCUACAUCAUCCUCACCUGGAUAGCCUGUCUUUCGGUCUGCUUCUUCAAUCGGGCCAUGCCACUCCUCAACCAGUGUGGCAUUUUCUUCAUUCUCGCGGGAUUCUUCAUUACCAUUGUUGUCCUCGCCGCUUUGCCUGGAAAGGGGGGUCGACCACCACAUGCUCCAAGUUCAUUCGUCUGGACUCAAUGGUCAGCAGACAUUGGAUACCCUGACGGAUUCGUUUUCGUGACCGGCAUGCUGAAUGGAGCCUUUUCAAUUGGAGUGCCUGAUGUAGUAUCUCAUCUUUCAGAGGAGAUCCCUAACCCGGGCAGGAACAUCCCAAUCGCCAUCGGACUCCAAUAUGCCAUCGGCUUCAUUACCGGAUUCACCUAUCUUAUUUCGAUCAUGUACGCUAUCAAUGACUACGAUGCACUCUUCGAAAGUGCUUAUCCCAUUGCCGAGAUCUACCGACAAGGAACUGGUUCUGUCGCUGGUGCAACGGGUCUAUUAUCACUUGUCAUGAUAUGCAUCGCCAUCUGCCUGGUCGGUUUGUACAUCACUGCAGGACGUACUCUCUGGACACUUGCACGAGACAAGGCGACGCCAUUCCCGAGCCAACUCUCGAAAGUCCAUCCAAAGCUGGAAGUACCCGUCCUUACGACGCUGCUCAGCGGAGUGCUAGUCACGAUCCUUGGUUGCAUCUACGUUGGCAGCACCACAGCCUUCAACGCCUUUGUAGGCUCAUUCAUUCUCAUGAGCUCCUCAUCCUACAUUGCUGCCAUCCUACCCCACCUCCUCACCAAGCGCAAGAAGAUCAUUUUCGGCCCCUUCAAUCUCAACAAGGGCCCAAUUGGAUACAUCUGCAACUUCAUCGCUUGCGCGUACAUGAUAGUCUGGUUCGUCAUCUACUGCUUCCCAUUCGCUCUGCCGGUAGAUGCCGCGACGAUGAACUACACCAGCUUGCUAUGGGGCGGGUUCACGAUUCUGUUGUCGGGCUGGUGGUUCUUUGGCGUUAAAGACUACGUCGGGCCAACCACCAUUGGAGGACAGACGGAGGCAGACAAUAUUCGACAUGUAACUAUACACUCCUCUUAGUAUACCACGUCGUAUGGGAGAAAAAAAUUUGUUUACUAUCGGAAAUGUACAUAUUAUACUUAUUUAAUG